AUGGCAAUGGCAUCUCACUCCGGUGUGCCGCGGCGGAAAUGGUGGAAGAUUCAAUGGUUCUCAAUUGAUGAUACACCCGAGGAGAAAAAGUUCAUCACAAAGCUUGAUCUGGUCUUGGUGCCAUACAUUUUGGUCUCUUACUGGGUCAAGAACUUGGACCAGAACAACCUCAACAAUGCCUAUGUUGGCGGUAUGAAAGAAGAACUUGGGUUCUACGGCAAUGAACUCAUCCGGUUACAAACGAUGUAUAUCAUCGGAGCGGUUUUGGGGCAGAUACCGUUCCUAUUCAUCUUCACAUAUCUACCAAUGUACUGGCUGAUUCCCGGAAUGGAUAUUCUCUGGGGCGUUGCCACGCUGCUGCAGUUCAGGGCCCAAUCGUUCGCGGAAAUGGCUGCAUAUCGUUUCUUGGUGGGAUGGUUUGAGCAAUGCCACUUCGCAUUGGAACCGGUCAUUGACAAAACCAUAGGCUCUUGGUAUCGUGGUCACGAGAUCAGUCGUCGUGGAGGAGUAUGGUACACUGGACUACCCAUAGGUACCCUAACGGCAGGACUUGUUCAGGCCGGUGCCACCAGGGGUCUUGAGGGUGUUCAUGGCCUCUCUGGGUGGAGAUGGAUGUACAUCAUCUGCGCUAUCAUUACCAUACCCGUUGGAAUUGUCGGCUACUUUGUAAUCCCUGGCACUAUCGACAAGCCAAACAGAUACGUUCUUAACGACAACGACUUAGCUAUUGCGCGCCAGCGCCUUGGUAAAAACGGCCACAAGGUACAGGGAAAACUCAAGUUUCAUCACAUCAAGAAGAUCAUGUCUAGCAAACACUUCUGGAUUGUCGUCUUUGUCGACGUGUUGUUCUGGAAUGCUGGCAUUAAUUCGGGCGCGUUUCUGCUAUGGCUCAAGAGCUUGAAGAGGUACGACUCGGCGACUGUGAACGAAUACGGCACAAUUCCUCCAGCAGCUGGAAUCUUUUUCACAUUAUUUGCGAACUUCUCGUCCGAUCUGCUGUGGGGACCUGUGUGGGCCAUCACGUUCGCAAGCGGCAUGAACACAAUCACAAAUCUAAUCUUAACCAUAUGGCAUGUCCCCGAAUCCGCGAAAUGGUUCGCUUACUGUAACUACGGCUGGUCGUUCGCUCUCUCCAGCGUCCUACAUGGCUGGGUCAACAACAUGCUCCGCGAUUCUCCAGAAAUGCGUUCGUUUACGCUAGUAUUCAUAAACAUCAUAGCGCAAUCAUCCACCGCUUGGACUGGGCUGUUAGCAUACCCGACAGUCCAAGCGCCGCGAUUCCCCAGAGGUUAUGCCUUCUCUCUUUCAAUGUCUACGUCUUUGAUUGUCGGAGCUCAUCUCUUGAACCUGUAUCUGAAGAACAGGAAGGAUUCCAAGGCAAUCGAUCCGUCGCAUACGUCGGAUGGUGAUGAUACGGAUAUACUUGAAAGGAGAGCAAACGUAACAUUGUCUCAACCAUUUUAA